GCCGGCUUGGCUGCCAAUGACGACCCCACGCCGUCAUCAUCAUCGUGUUCAUCGGACCUGCCCACAACUUACAUGUCCAAUGAGAGUGCAAUAAUGCCUUGGUAUCCUGACGUGGGAGAGCAAGUGCCUUUCAGAAUCUCAGUGAACAAAAAGGGUUCCGGUGGACGUUUACAUUCCAUCUACAAGAUUCAUUCAUCACAUACUCGACGGUUGACCACAUCUCAAAUCACCUGCCCUCACUUGAUUCCUCAGCUCCCACAUCCUUCCCAAGACCAUUCUGAGAUAAUUCUAAACUAUACAUCAUGGCCACAUCCCAAGCUGCGUAUGCAGCCGAGAAGGCAAUCGGCCACCAGAAGGAAGAAAUUAUGCAGGAUGUCUCCAAUUACGAAGGAGCACUAGGCGACCCCAACGAGACCAUGAAGGCCCUCGUCUGGCAGGGCAAGAUGAAGGUGGAAGUUGUCGACGUGCCAAAGCCACGAAUUCUCGAGGACCGAGAUGUGAUCCUCAAGGUGACUGGGACAACCGUCUGCGGGAGUGACUUGCACUUGCUUCACGGCACCGUUAUCCAGAUGAAGAAAGGCGACAUCCUCGGCCACGAGUUCUGCGGCAUCGUUGACCAGGUCGGGCCUGCUGUCAAGAACAUCAAAGUCGGCAAGCGUUAUGUUGCCGCCUUCCAAAUCACUUGCGGAGAGUGUUUUUACUGCAAGCAGAAGCUGUCAUCGCAAUGUGAACGGACCAACUCCAACACGACGGCCAAGGCCAUGUACGGCGCCCAGUCGGCCGGCUUCUUCGGCUACUCGCACUUCACGGGCGGCUUUGCCGGCGGCCAAGCCGAAUACGUGCGCGUACCAAUGGGUGAUGUCAACCUGCUAGAGAUUCCGGACGAUGUCCCAGACGAAAAGGCGCUCUACCUCUCCGACGUCCUCCCAACCGCCUACAACGCCGUCAAGGACACGGCCGUCUACCCCAAUGACCAAGUGGCCAUUUUCGGCGCCGGCCCCAUUGGUCAGAUGGCCGGCGUCUUUGCCGUCGGCGAGGGCGCGAGUAAGGUGAUCUUUGUUGACACGGAGCCGCGAUUGUCUGCCCUUCAACAACGCUGGCCGGCCGAGCACAAGGAUAAGCUCGAAGUCAUCGACUACAAGAAGCUCAGCUUCGGCGUCACCAACAAGGAGACGGUUGUCAGCAAGCUCAAGGAGCUGUGCCAUGAGGGCCGCGGCCCGGACGUGGCCAUCGAGUGCGCCGCGGGGGAGUACGCCAAGGGAUGGAUGCACUGGAUUGAAUUGUCGUUAGGCGCCGAGACGGACACAAGCGAGAUCCUCAACGAGAUGGUGGAGAGCGUAAGGAACUAUGGGCGCGCUGGCAUCACAGGUGUCUAUGUGGGAUACACCAACCAUUUCAACAUUGGCUCCGUCAUGCAACGCGGCAUCCGUCUCAUCGGCAACGGACAGGCCCCGGUCAUGAAGUACUGGGAGGGACUGUUGGAAAAGAUUCGACGGGGCGAGUUGGAUCCCAUUCAGAUGCUUUCGCACCGCUACCGGCUGGAGGAUAUCGACAAGGUUUACUACAAGUUCAAUGCCCACGAGGACAACAUCCAGAAGGUCUUCGUCGAGACCAAGUUCUCGCUUCCGCGGGCCGAGGGCACUCCUGAGUUGACCAGGCUGUGAGGGUUUGGGAGUCCAUUUCGAGGCGCUGAGCAUGGUAUCAGGUGGAAGUCCCGGAAAUUGGAAGAAGCGUGCUUUUGUCGAAACGAAGCCGCCUUGAUGGCUGCAUUCAACGGACCUCGGUGGUUGAUUGGUGCCAGCACCGCAACCCCUCUUCCUUACAUACUUAGUCCUCUCCCAUGCCCAUCAACAGCAUGGUCAAUCAAUCACUUUUUAC